CGGUUUUUUUGAAAAAAAAUUUACCCAUUUAUUUUCAAUUCAUUUGUCGAAAAAUUUAAUGGAUUUAGAUUUGGUAUUUGGUCCCAUUCGCAUAAUGUUGUCCUUGGAGCUACAGUGUGAGGUGUAUAUAGUGAAAUAAACAAAGCUGCCGCUAUUUUCACAUUGAAUGAUCCAAUUUUUGUUUGUUUUUUUUUUACAAACACGCAACAAACUGAAUCAUUUGGGGACAAAUUAUUUGGCUCGAUUUUUUUAUUCAUUUUUUUUGUUGUUGUUGUUAUUGGGAAUUUAUCGAUGAAAUAAACAACAAUAAAAAUAAUAAAAAAGAAUGUCAUUCAUAACAAAAUCGAUAUUGAUCACAAAUAUUGGCCAAAAACAACGCUGGUCGACUACUGCUUCAAUAAUUCGAACAUUUAGUUCACAUUCACAAAAUGAUUUAUAUCGAUCAUUAAUAUUUGAAAAAGCAUUUAUUGAUGGAAAAUUUUGUCAAUCAGAAAAUGGUGAAAAAUUCAAAGUUUUCAAUCCAUCUAAUGGUAAACUUAUUGGAAAUGUGGCUGAUUGUACGGUGAAUGAUGUAAAACGUGCUGUUCAAGUGGCUAAAAAAUCAUUCAAUGAUCAUUGGUCACAAACAUUGGCUAAAGAUCGUGCACAAUUAUUAAAACGUUUAUUUACAUUACAAUUGGAUAAUGCUGAACCAUUAGCACAAUUAAUAACAGCCGAAAUGGGUAAACCAUUACGUGAAUCACGUGGUGAAAUAAUGUAUGGUGCUAGUUUUUUGGAAUGGUUUGCUGAACAAGCACGUCGUAUUCAUGGUGAAAUCUUACAAAGUCCAUGGCCAGAUAAACGUAUUAGUUAUCGAAAAGAACCAUCAGGAGUUGUUGCCAUUAUAACGCCGUGGAAUUUUCCAAACGCUAUGGUUACAAGAAAAUUGGCCGCAGCAUUAGCAGCUGGUUGUACGGUUGUUAUUAAACCGCCUGAAGAUACACCAUUCUCUGUACUUGCAUUAGCAGCAUUAUCGAUAAAAGCCGGAUUUCCACCAGGUGUUAUCAAUAUUGUUCCAGUUUCUCGCCAGAAUACUCAGAAUAUCGGUUCAUACAUAUGUAAUAAUUCAGAUAUAUCAGUCAUAUCAUUUACUGGUUCAACAUCAGUUGGUAAAUGGUUGAUAAAGAAUAGUGCUAAUACUGUUAAACGUGUUUGUUUGGAAUUGGGUGGUGAUGCUCCAUUCAUUGUUUUUGAUUCAGCAAAUAUCGAUAAAGCUGUACAAGGAUGUAUUGUUUCGAAAUUUCGUAAUGCCGGACAAACAUGUGUAUGUGCCAAUCGUAUAUUCGUUCAAGAUGGCAUUCAUGAUCAAUUUGUCAAUGCAUUAGCUGAACAAAUGCAAAAAGAAUUAAUUAUUGGUGAUGGAUUCGAUGAUCAUACGACCAUUGGACCAUUAAUCAAUGAAAAAGCUGUAGAGAAAGUUAUUAGCCACGUUGAAGAUGCACAAAAUAAAGGUGCCAAAAUAUUGAUCGGUGGUCGAAAACAUGAAAAAGGUGGAUAUUUUUUCCAACCAACAUUAAUGACCAAUGCUAAAUCGGACAUGUUGAUUGCACAUGAAGAAACAUUCGGUCCAGUUGCAGCUGUUUUCAGAUUUAAAACCGAAGAUGAAGUCAUACGAAUUGCAAAUGAUUGUCGUCGUGGUUUAGCCGGUUAUUUUUAUUCCCAAGAUUAUGCACAAAUUGAAAGAGUUACUAGACGUUUAGAAGUUGGUAUGAUUGGCAUUAAUGACGGCAUACUAUCUUGUUGUGAAGCACCAUUCGGUGGUGUUAAAGAAUCUGGUCUUGGUCGUGAAGGUUCACAUUUUGGUGUCGAUGAAUUUCUUGACGUUAAAUAUGUUUGCCACGGUGGAUUUUGAACAGAACAGAAUCAAAUCAUCAACCCAUCAGUCUAUCACAUAUCAUUAUUAUUGUCUAGUUGUUUAAAUCAAUGUGUUUUUUAAAAGUUUUUGUUUUCUUUUUUCCUUUGCUAUAUUCCAAUUGAUGUUUUUCUUUGUGAUUUUAGAAUAAAAUUCUAUUCCGUUUUCUAUGAAUGGACCACUAA